CUCCUUUAUUUCGGUCAUUUUGUGCAACUGAGAAAUGUGAAAACAAAACGCUAGUCCGAGUCAACGAAAGCCCGCCCUGUUAUGAGUCAACCUUCCAGAAGUCCAAACUCCCCAAGCAAGACAACAGCAAUACCCAGCAAAGAAAGACUUCAUCACCUCAUGCCAUCUCACUCUUCAGCCCUUCCCACCUCAAUCAAUGUACCCAUUAAUCUCCUUCUUCUUCUUCUUCUUCCUCUCCGUCUCCGCCACGACUUCGUUUCCCACCUCAAUCAAUAAAUUCGACGAAUGUUAUCAAUAUCAGGCCCCCUUCGACUGUGGGCCCUUCAAGAACCUCUCUCAACCCUUCACCUCCCAAACCCGGCCCGCCAACUGCGCCCAGACCCAAACCGAGUUCCUGCUCACCAAAUGCGACGCCACCGACACCGAGUCACCCGAGUUGACCAUCCCCCCACUGAGUUACCGGGUCCUCCGACUUAACCAGACCGAUAAAACCAUGACCCUAGCCAGGUCAGACCUCUGGGAAAACACGUGCCUAACGGGAUUCACUAAUACCUCUCUGGGUUCCACGAUUCUGAAUUACACUAGCGACAAUGAGGACCUCACUAUCUACUACGGUUGCAACGCUAACUUUUCGUUGAAGCCUACUAAUCAGUUUAAUUGUAGCAUUAAUGGGAAAGUGAGCGCUUCUUUUUAUCUGACCGGUCCGGUUCCGACCGAUCCGGUUCUGAAUAUUACUACAUGCCAAGUCGGGGUCAGACUCAAAAUCCUUCAAAUGGCGGCGAUUGAGCUAACAACCAAUCGGUCCGCUCUUAAGGAAGCUUUGAUGAGUGGUUUUAAUGUGACUUAUAGUGAUUGUGGCACUCAGUCGUGUCCCAACCCAGACCAAAAAUCUAAUGUACCACUCGGAGUAGGCAUAGGCAUAGCAGGUGCGGCCAUUGCUGGCAUUUUUCUAGGUUUCUUCAUCUUUUCCAUCAGGAAACGAAAGAAAAGACGCGCACAAGAAUCAAAAAGCAAAGACCUGCCUACACCUCCUUCAAGCACAGGUGGACCUGCUUCUUCUAAUUUCGCUCGAAGCAUCCCGUCUUAUCCCUACUCAAAGUCAGAUCUUGAAAAGGGAAGCACCUACUUUGGAGCGCAGAUUUUCAGCUAUGAUGAACUGGAAGAAGCCACUAACAAUUUUGACACUUCUAGAGAACUUGGAGAUGGGGGAUUCGGCACUGUUUACUAUGGCAAGCUCCAUGAUGGGCGUGUAGUUGCAGUGAAGCGCCUAUAUGAAAAUAAUUUAAAACGUGUUGAGCAGUUCAUGAAUGAAGUUGAGAUCCUAACUAAGAUAAGGCACAAAAACCUUGUGACACUGUAUGGGUGCACCUCAAAACGUAGCCGAGAACUUCUCCUUGUUUACGAAUACAUUCCCAAUGGAACUGUGGCUGAUCAUCUUCAUGGAAAUCGUUCGAAAUCCGGUUUGCUGACUUGGCCAGUUCGGUUGAGCAUUGCCAUAGAGUCAGCUGAGGCACUGGCAUACCUCCAUGUAUCAGAUGUUAUACACCGUGAUGUCAAAACCAACAACAUUCUCCUUGAUGAGAAAUUCCAAGUUAAAGUGGCUGAUUUCGGUUUGUCACGGUUGUUCCCAACAGAUGUCACACAUGUAUCAACUGCUCCACAAGGGACACCUGGGUACGUCGAUCCUGAGUAUUACCAGUGCUACCAACUCACUGACAAAAGUGACGUUUAUAGCUUUGGAGUGGUAUUAAUUGAACUUAUAUCAUCACUACCAGCUGUGGACACCAAUAGGCACCGGCACGAUAUAAAUUUGUCUAACAUGGCUGUCAACAAGAUUCAAAAUCAUGCAUUACAUGAGUUGGUGGAUCCAUAUAUUGGGUUUGAAAAGGAUUACACUGUAAAGAGGAUGACAACGUCAGUGGCAGAAUUGGCUUUUCGGUGCUUGCAACAGGAGAGGGAUAUGAGGCCUAGCAUGGACGAAGUACUGGAGAUUUUGAGAGGAAUCCAAAAUGAAGAGAUAGGUGCUCAGAAAGCUGAAGUGGUGGAUAUUAGGGCAGCAGAUGAUGUUGGGCUUUUGAAGAAUAUUCCUCCCCCACUUUCUCCAGAUUCAGUUGUGAAUGAUAAAUGGGUUAGCAGCUCUACUCCACCUAAUUCCUUCUAGCUGUUGAAAUUUCCUUUUCUCUAUGUUUUUGCUUAAAACUCUAAAGUAGAAGGGUAAAGUAAUACACUCAUGAUUGGAUGUCAAUGAGUGGGUUAGCAUUUCAUUAUCUUCUGUUUUGAUUGCCUUUGUUUUGUGUUAAUAGAAUAUAAAUGAGAAAGAAUUCAUAUAUUAAUGUUGGGCAGUGUACAUAGUAUAUGGAGCAGUCAACAAUUAAAUUAAAUCAUAUUGGGAUGUAUUUACACACAUGCUAUAAGGCUUUGAUGCUAUAUUUGAAUCUAAGAUUUUGAAUUAAGUUGA